CUCUCUUUACACUGUGAGGAAGAAGGGUAUCCCUUAUUAGUUUCUUAUCAAAUGCACGUGAUUCCCUGCAUUUGGUCUGUUCACAUACAUCUGACGAAUUACCUUCCAGCAUCGACUUCAUGAUAAGAGAAAGCUACAGCUGGUUCCACAGAUCUUCAUUAAGAAGAUAAAGUUAUCUAGAGAUUUACAGACAUAUAAAUGAUGGGAUAGAUCCCUUACAGUUGACACCUUUGUCAGGAACACGUUGGUUGACAAGGAACAAUAGUUUAGAGCGUGAAGAGCGAGACGUCUAAACCAGUCUAAGCUUAAUGCAAUGGAAAGUAGACGUCGUCAACUACUCACAAGUUACUACCCAACUAGUUACAAGUUACUUUAGAGACAAAUUCCAACAUGCCGAUCGACAUUUUGGACCAAAGCAUUAACUGUUAAGCACGCUGCUGGCGAGCCCAGACUAAUUGACCUCCCUGAGGUCAGGUCAUUGAAAAUAUACAGCUUACUCCGAGCUAAGGGCAGCCAGGUGGUGUAGGUGUGGGUGGAGGGCAGCCAAGGGGAAUGUGGGGAAUGAUCAUGAGAAAGCGCCAAGUCAUUACGACUAUAUAGCAGGGCAGUCAAGGAAACAGUUGUCGUACUGGAUGAAGCAACCCUUGCGUCGAAAAAAGCUGGAUGAAGCAACCCUUGCGUCAAGUAUUGCUGGAUAAAGCAACCCUUCAAGAAAAACUGGAAAUGUGGAUGAGCAACCCUUGCGUGUUUCUUGCUUCCUGUCCUGGGUCGGUUAAUGCCAUGGUGUCUGUCCCCUUGACGCGGCGUCGCGAGCACUCGCCGCGAAAUAUACGCCUUAUACCCUUCACGGUCCAUGUUAAUAAUGAACCUUAAAGGCUCUCUGCACCCCUAUCGGGGACAACCCAUGCAGAGCGCACCUGUUGGUCAAACGACGGUGAGUCUACGUCGAUUUGACGCUAUUCGAACAUGUUUCCCCCCAACUGUAAGGUGUUCCAGUAACGGCAGAUUAAGGUUGAUUCAAUGUUACAUGAGGGACGUUUACCCUGGGCACGCCUGGGGCACGCCCAAGGCACGCCUGGGGCACGCCCAAGGCACGCCUGGGGCACGCCUGGGGUACUCCCCCGACACUGACGUGCCAGCUGAAGCGGUUGUAUCGCUGGGUGUGUCAUCCGUACAUUGGGCGGGGUUUCCCCACCGCGCGCCCCGUGGGCGGGGAAGGUUCCCCACCACACGCCCCCUUGGGCGUGGCGGGCUCAUGAACUCCAUUAUUCUUCGUUUGUUUUGCUCAUUUACGAUUUAUAAUCCUUUUCGGUUCAUCUUUAUGUUUCCUCUUCAAUCGACUUGGGUUCUGUUCAGUCUCCUCGAGCCUUUGCAGUCUUGUGUUCUAGGUACCACACACAACGUAAAGAAAUUAACUAGGUACUUUUCUACUUGUUCUUUCCGGUCAGUUUUUCCCUUUCAUUCUCACUAUCGGUAAAUGUUCACUCUUUUCGGUGUUUAUUGUUUAGUUGUUGCCUUUUUUUCCCGUCUAUUCGAUCCACUUCGUUAGCACGAAUGACUGUCUACAAGGUCCCGUUUUUGUUUACUUAUCUCCCUGUUAGCAAGACGUAUUACUAAAUAUACAGAAUAACGCAAAUAGGAGAGAUAUGAGAUAAAUAUGUAUUGUUCUGUUAUCUCCCCAGCCUGACACACAUAAAGGUCUGGAGAUAAGGCCGUUGUGCGGCCUCUGCUCCAGUGGAAGAGCUUGAUACAGUCGAUAGUGGAAAGGAUUGUGGCAUCCUGUACCUUUAGCAAAGCUUUUGAUACAGUGCCACACGAAGAUAGAAGAACAAGAUAGCACCACUAGUACCAUGAGCCCCCUAUUUUAAGUUGGAUAAGAGCAUGGUUGUGCCAAAGGAAACAACCACAUUUGUACUAACUCUUUAAGUCAGAGUGGGAAACUGUUGUAAGUGGAGUGCCUCAAGGCUCUAUUCUGGGACCUCCGUUAUUUAUAAUGUAUAUAAAUGAUUUAGAUUCAGGACUGAGCAGCGAUAUUUGCACAUUUGCCGACAAUACAAAAAUUAAGCAGGAAAUGAAUUCAGAGGAAGACUCAAAAUCACUUGAAGACGAUCUAGACAGUCCUUCGAAAUGGUCGAAAGAUUGGCAGAUGCAAUUUAUUGAUGACAAACAGCAAAGAUGAUAAUUACAAUAUAUCAGCCGGAUGGUAUUGAAAUUGCUGUCUGAUUGUGAAAAAGAUAUGGGACCAUGAAUAGCAGAAAAAAAAACUAGUGUAUAAACAUUCAAAAUAAGGCGAAUAUGACACUGGGAUUUAUUUCUAGGAGCGUUAGCACUAAAACACCUGGUGUCAUUCUUCAGCUAUAUUUUGCUCUUGUUAGGCCCCAUUUAGAUAUUGCAGUUCACUUUUGGUCAUCAUACUAUAGAAUGGAUAUAAAUUCACUAGAACGCGUCCAGCGUAGGAUGACGAAGUUAAUCCCACAAAUUAGAAACCUUUCAUAUGAAGAAAGAUUGAAAGGGUUUAAUUUACAUUCUCUAGAAACGGGAAGAGUUAGGGAUGCCAUGAUUGAGGUGUACAAGUGGAUGAAUGGGCAUAAAUAAGAUGUUGGUAAUUAAAUAUAUCAACACUUAAUGGAACGCGAAACAAUAGAUAUAAAUUGGAUAAGUUUAGAUUUAGGAAAGACCUGGGUAAAUACAGGUUUGGUAUCACCUGAUUCACCUGACUGUUUUUACCUGUCCCGCCCUUUUUCUCCCUGUAGCGAGGGUGCUCGCUUCCCUGCCCUCAUCACCCCUUCCUCUUCCUCCACUCCCCGGCACCACCUUAACAUUUUCCAGAAGGGGAGGGAAAGGGGGAGGCUGAGUCAGCCAAUAUGAAGUAGCCAGCGGGUUAAUAAUGGCCAACAUCCGGCAAGGAGGAAGUGGAGCCUUACGGUUCUGCCACCCCCCGACGCCACCCUUCAGUCCCUGUCUAUCACUACUACCACCACCAUCAUCACGCUGUCUCUACUGCCUCUACUCCUGCCUCUACCUCUGCUGCUGCGUGUCGAGCUCCGCCCUGUAAACAGGAAAAAUGGUAUAGAGGUGGGGAGUAGACAUGACAGCCAGGCUGCUAGAGUCCAACACACAGGAUCGCCCAGUGACAGCGCCUGAAGCCCAACCUUAAUCAGGACAUGUGGUCAACCGUAGACCAAAACCCCUCCACCAUUUGUUGACGUAUUCAAGCAACUUAGCUGCGUACACCGGCCACCUGUCGACGCAUACAGGCCGUCCGUCGACGCAUACAGGUCAGCCUUCGAAGUACACAACUUCAUCGACCGCCUGGGGGGAAAACGUGUCGACUUCGUAAGGGAAAAUGGGUCGCAGGAGCAAAAGGUUGAGGUCGCAGCUGUAUCAGUACGCUCAGGACGAGGCGGGGUCGUACUCCGUCAUCACUCAGUGGCAGCCGCCCCCCUCCACCACCACCACCACCUCCACACGAACUCUGCAAUGGAGCCGGAGAUGUUUGGUGACGUCGGCGGUGGCUGUGGCCCUCUCCUGCCUGGCCCUCCUGGCCCUCGGGGUCAUCCUGGGGUUGACACAGGGGGGGUCGGGAGGCGCCCCAGGCCGCAGCACAACGCUCCCAUCAGAACCUGGCAGCUUGUGGAAGACCCUCAAUGGGCGAGAGGAAGAAGCAGCAAAGUCCUCGUCAGCGCCUUCCUCGGCGUCUCACCUGGGUCAGUUCUUCAAGGCAGCUGUUGCUACUGACGGCGGCCAACCUUGUGCUCACAUCGCCACGGAAAUCUUGGCAAAGAAUGGGAGCGCAGCGGACGCAACAGUAGCAGGACUGUUCUGUGCGGGGGUGAUCAAUGCCCAGUCCAUGGGUGUGGGAGGUGGGUUCCUCUUGACCUACUAUGAACGCGCCACAGGCCACACCUACACCCUUGAUGCUAUGACAAGUGACCGCUCCCAGGGCGACGCUGGUCACGAAGAUGGCGGGGUAUCGUGGGUACCAGGAGCCGUGCGUGGAUACCGUGUGCUCUACGAGAAGCUAGGAGGCCAGGUGGCCUGGGCGGACCUGCUGGAGCCCUCCAUCAGGCUGUGUGAGGAGGGCCACCCCGUCAGUGGGCGCCUGGCCAGGGCUCUCCACCAGGCCGCCGGCACCGUCUACUCCCACCCCAGCAUGAGAGUGUUCGUGAGCCCAUCGAGCGGUGAGGUGUACCGGGAGGGAGAGACCAUGAGACGGCCCCAGCUGGCCAGGACGCUGCGCCUUCUUCAGCGGGACCCGGACGCUUUAUACACGGGCGCCCUAGCCAAGGAUCUCCUCCACGACCUUGACAACAUGGGAGCUUCGCUCACCAGCCAAGACCUACAAGGUUACAGGCCGUCUUGGGAGGACCCAGUGAGCGUGCGCCUCCAUAAUGGCAGUUUGACUCUGCACACCCCUGGGCCUCCAGGCUCUGGCAUCGCACUGGGCUUCCUCCUCAACCUGAUAGAUGAGUUUGGAUUCACUCCUGGCAGCAUGAGUGACGGAAACACGGUGUUGACCUAUCACCGCCUCGCUGAAGCCUUCAAGUGGACCUUUGCUCAACCUGCGGAUGCCGCCCAGCUUGCGCAUAUUACCUCCGAUGACUUCGCUGCUAGUGUUAGGCGUCAGAUCUUGGAUGAUACCACCUUCCACGACUCUGAGCACUACGGUGCCUCACCUGGCACUGUGGGUGACCCUGGUGCCAUCCCCACCUCCGUGGGUGACUGCGGCACCUCCCACUUCUCGCUGCUGGCGCCCAAUGGUGAUGCCGUCUCCGUUACCAGCGCAAUUUAUAAGUGCUUGGGACGGUGGGUCCGCUUGCCCCGGACAGGUAUCGUUGUGAGCAGCGGCAGCAGCAGAGGGGGAGGCCCGUCCCUGCGGCCCGCCCCCGAGCCCUCCCGCCCCACACCUGCCACACCUGGGCGGCGUGGCAUCUCUUCCCUCAUCCCGGCGGUGGUGGUGGACACCCGCGGAGACGUUGUCAUGGUGGCGGGUGGCACAGGAGGUGGGGCAGCUCCUUCAGGAGUGUGGUGGGCUGUCCUUCGCUCCCUCUGGCUCGGUGAGGACCUCGGGAGUGCCGUCGAUGCCCCUAGAUUCCACCUACGGAUGCAGCCCAUGACUCUCGUGUAUGAGAGAGAACUCUCACCCAGACUCGUCACCGCUUUACAAUCCCUGGGUCACCGGACAGAGGAGGAGGAAGAGGGAGGCGAGGAAGGGUCUGCCGUCUAUGCCAUCGUCAGGGCACAGAACGGGAAGGUCCAGGCCGUUGCAGACCACCGCCGGGCAGGAGGAGCAGUGGAUGGGUUUUGACACCUCCCACAUUGCUAAAACCUUUUCUCAAACAACGAAUCUUUUGUGUGUUUAGCUCCAUAUGAACAGCUGGUGAAAACGCUUAGAAGUUCUGCUUUUGGAAUGAAAAGUGCAAUUACAGAGGUGUUGUAGUGAACUUUAGUGCAAUUAAAAAAGGUGCUUUAGCAAACUUUAGUGUAAUUAAAGAGGUUUUUGCUGACCUUUAGAGGUAAAGCUUAAGGUGCUGCAAAAUUACGUUUGAGAGAACUAACUGCAGUAUUGCAGUGAUGCUCAUAAGGAUAUAAGGAUUUGCUUCAACUAUACAAGAAUUUUGAUGCAUAAAAGACAAAUGGGCUUCAACUAACCUCUUCCCGAGGGAGCAAAGGACCCUCCCCCCCUCUGAAAUGUUCUCAAAAGGUCAACGUUCCACUGAACUUUCAUAAAAAUACCAAAGAUGUCUUAGAGAUCUCAACAAAUUAUUUAUACUAAAAAAGGUUCUUUACCUUUGUGUUGUAAAUCGUGUUUUAAUUCUGUAUGCAUAUAAUCAGGCGUAUAACCAAGAUAACACAGGUGUAUAACUAAUAUAACAUUAUCUAGAUAACACGAGUGCAUAACUAAUAUAAGAAUAUAUAUAUUACCUAGAUAACUGAUGUAUACAUAAGAUAACACAGAUGUAUAUACUAAGACAGCACAAAUGUAUAACCUAGAUAACAUACCUAUUUCCUUUCAUUUUGGGCCUCAUCAUCAACAUUUCACUCUAGAAAAAACGGCAGUGUAUGUUUUCACAUUGUGAAUGAUGUAAUAAUAUACAAUACCUGUGUAUUCUAGAGCUGUACAGUAUACUUGUUAUACACAGUAUGUCGAUGUGCAUGUUUUAUGAUGCUGUUAAAUUGUUGGAAUGAAAAUUAGUGUAUUCACACAUCAUACUUACACACCAUGUAUAUUAGUGUUAUUAUACAGCGUGAAUACCUUUAAGAAUUGUAUGUUUUGAUUAGGCUGAGUUACGUACGCUGGAUAUACAUCAUAUAAUAGUUUUGGUAAACGUUAAUACAAGUUUUUUUUCGACCUCAUAAAUACUAAAUAUUUCUACCUCAAUAAACGUUACAAAAUCAA